GAGCCUCGUACAGUCCUUCUCUCCUCCUCUCCCCCCAUUCACUCCAUCGACGAAGCGCACGGAGGGUAACUGCACAGGAGGAAACCGGCGAAGGACGCGGCGGCGGUUCCGGGCGUGGACAUGGACGAGAAGACGCAGGAUAAAGUGGAGGCGGCGGUGCUGGAGAUCCUGCGGGGUUCCGACAUGGAGUCCCUGACGGAGUACAAGGUCCGCACCGCCGCCGCCGACCGCCUCGGCGUCGACCUCGACCUCCCCCUCCACAAGCGCUUCGUGCGGCGCCUCGUGGAGGACUACCUCAAGUCCCUCGCCGAAGAAGAAGACGAGAAGCAGAAGGACGGCUCCCGCAAGGAGGGGAAAAAGAAACAGCAGCGUCAGGAGGAGGAGGAAGUGCAGGAAGAGGAUGAGGAGAAGGAGGGGGAAGCAGAGGAGGAGGAGGAGGACAAGGGAGGUGAAGGAAAGAAGGAGUUCGACGAUAAUGGAGACCUCAUCCUCUGCCGCCUGUCGAAGAACAGGAGGGUGACGCUGCAGGAGUUCAAGGGCAGAACGCUGGUGUCGAUCCGCGAGUACUACUUCAAGGACGGCAAGGAACUGCCCACCUCCAAAGGGAUGAGUAUGACGGUCGAGCAGUGGGAGACAUUCAGCAAAUCAGUACCUGCAAUAGAAGACGCCAUCAAAACACUUGGAGAGUCAGAUUGAAAGGAUGCCACAAAAACCUGAAAAUCUCGACGCUCGUUCUGGACCUCUGCAAGUAGAGUAGUCCAUGGGUGCUCUGAGUACUCCAUGGGGCUACUAGAGUUCAUCUGGACUUGUAUAAAGCUUCUCCCUUAGUCAAGGUACCGGACCUACUGAUGUGUGCUGGGUAGACAGUUUGGGUCUGUUCGCGAACUAGUUCUCCGCCGGUAUGGUGGACCGAAGUUUCAUCGCUGUGCCAUGUGA